UCGAAAUUCUGGCCCAACUCCACAAACCCUAGUCUACACCUUUCGUUGUAAUUUUAUUCUCCUCAUCUCACCAAAUGUAUUGCAAAGAAACUUUUCCUAUGGCAUCCACAAAGUGUGUUAUACUUCUUUCAUUAUCUCUUCCUCUGCCUAAUCAAUAACUUGAACCCAUCAUCAACUGUAGUAAUUUUUAUCAAAUUUUCAAAAUUCAUCAAACUAACUUUCUGGGUUGUUCUUUUUAGCAAUGAGGAAUCAAUGGCGUCUCUUCCUCCGUCGUCGCCACAACUUCCUCUCAUCACAACCCACAUUUUCUUUUUGGAAUUCUCGAUCCUCUCAAAAACCCAAUUCAAAGAUCACAUCUUUUUACCAUUUUUGCUUUUAUUCAUCUUCUUCUUCAAAUUCCCAUUCAAAUUCAUCAUGUUUACCCAAUUCUGGAAGUUUACUUGUUUGGUUAUUUGCUGCAUCUGAUCCUCAAUAUUUAAAAGCAAGAGAGUUACUUACCCCUAAAGUUUCAAUCUUGAGAAAUGAGUUGGUUAAGGUUAACGGUGAUUCUAAAAAAGUUACUGAAGUGUUGGAACAAAUGGGGUUUCAUAUGAUUUCCUCUUACUCUGAUGGGUCUGCUUUAGUUGAGCUUUUGGGUCAACUAAAUAAAUUUCCUCUUUUAGCUGUUGAGGUUUUUAACUGGCGAAGAAAACAUGCUGGUUUUAGCUUUGGUAUUAGAGCAGAAGAGUAUGCCAAGGGUAUUUCAACUGCUGGUAGAGCUAGGGAUGUUGAUCUUGCUCUUGAGAUAUUUACUGAAGCUGCAAACAACCGCAUUAAGACAUCGUCUACUUAUAACGCAUUGAUGGGUGCUUAUAUGGUCAAUGGUAUGCCUGAUAAAUGUCAAUUACUAUUUCAGGAAUUUAAGAGAGAGGAAUGUUGUAGUCCUACAAUUGUAACAUACAACAUCCUUAUUUCCAUGUUUGGUCGCUUGAUGUUGAUAGACCAUAUGGAAGCUACACUUCAAGAGAUAUAUGACUCAGGCCUCUCCCCUAAUUUGGGUACAUUCAAUAAUUUAAUUGCUGGAUAUGUAACAGCAUGGAUGUGGGACCGGAUGGAAAAUACUUAUUUGACAAUGAAAGAUAGGUCCAUUAAGCCAGAUAGAAACACUUUCUGUUUGAUGCUAAGAGGCUACUCACAUUCUGGCAAUUUGAAGAAGAUGGAAGAGAUGUAUGAGCUGGGAAAACAGCAUAUGGACUCCGAUAAUGUUUCUUUAAUAAGAACUAUGAUUUGUGCAUAUUGUAAGAAUUCUUGUGCUAAUAGAAUUGAAAGAAUUGAAAAAUUGAUCAGGCUGAUUCCCGAGGAGGAAUUCAGACCAUGGUUGAACGUGCUGCUUAUCAAUGUCUAUGCACAAGAACAACGGCUUGAGAGGAUGGAAAAGUUCAUCAAUGUUGCUUUUGAACAACACACUGCAGUAAAUACUGUGCGUGUGAUGCGAUCCAUUAUCACAGCCUAUUACCAUCUGAACGCUGUUGACAAGCUCACUAGCUUUGUGAAGCGCGCAGAAUGUGCUGGAUGGAGAAUUUGUAGGUCUCUCUAUCAUUGUAAAAUGGUUAUGUAUGCAUCACAAAACCGCCUGGACGAAAUGGAAAAUGUACUUGCUGAAAUGGAGAAAAUAAACAUAGAUCGAACAAAUAAAACAUGGGCUAUUCUGUUCAAAGCUUACUCAUAUUGGGGUCAAAGUUGUAAACUUGAGCAAGUACAAGGUCUGAUGUGCAAGAUUGGAUGUAGAUUUGUUUAGGAUGAUUGCCCUUCAUAAGAGACGUUUUACUGGAAGUAAUAUGACUGAAGUGAUAUCAAGGAGCAUUGCCUUGCCAUUGUUUGGAACACUUCAUCACACAUGUUGAUGUCAGAUAUCUUCAGACAUGCGGUAUACUAUUAUACACACGGUUUUUCAUUUUGCAGAUAAGUGCUAAGUCAUUGGAUUCACUAAGAUAGAUAGGAGAGCUUGCUGUUCUUGAGUUGCUAUCUCCCUUAAAUAUAUCAGCUAGCAAAGAGAGAAGAAGAGAAAAAAGAGAGGUGAAGAAAGAUAGAGAAUAACGGGAAAAAAAGCUGACUUACCAGCGGUCGUGUGCUUUGUUUUAGCGAAUCGAGAGACGAAGAGAAAAUAGAGAGGUGAAGAAAGAUAGAGAAUAACGGGAAAGAAAAAUCGACUUACUAGCAGUUGGCUGCUUCAGUCAGCAAAACAAGGAGCAUUCAACACCAGGCAUCAUCCAUUGUGGUGUGUAAAAUGCCCAAUGAAGAGAUCUGUCGGCCACGUUGUUUCCUGUAUGUCAACAUCAUUUAUGUAAAUGUUCAGUUAUAGAUAAAACGCGAUGAUCACAGAGUUGAGGAAGUUUGUACACAAUUUUGCCUACUCUCAUCAAUGAAAUUACACACUUCUGGUUGAAAAAUGUAAAACUUGUUACUAGUUCCAUGCAAGGAACGAGAUGGUGAGGAUCAGCUGAUGCUAUAUGCUGUAGAUAUGAGACUGGAGUUUGAGAAUAUGGAAGCUCUGCCAGAUCUAAGAAACAACAUUAAUCUAUUGGUGAUUAACCUUUUAAUACUCGAGAAUUAAUAUUCUUCUAUAAUCUCAUCAUGCCAAACUUGAAUAUGUGUUGCCGUCGGGAAGAAGUAUAUUCCCUUUGGCUUGUGCAGUUUCUUAUAAUCUGAAAUUACAGUCUAUAUGUGAAAUGCAAACAUAAUGUUGAAAAUUGGUUCA